AUGAACGGCUAUUUGCAUCGUCCAAGUCAAAUUGGUAUACUAGCGUGUGAAUUAUAUGUUCCACCGUUGUACGUUGAUCAAGCCGAAUUAGAAGCGUAUGAUGGUGUAUCACAAGGCAAAUAUACGGUGGGUUUAGGUCAAUUGAAAAUGUCAAUAUGUAGCGAUCAUGAAGAUAUAUGUAGUCUAUGUUUGACAGCUUUACAACGUUUGUUAGAUGAAACGGGUGUACAUCCACAACAUAUUGGAAGACUGGAUGUUGGUACAGAGACAAUUUUGGAUAAAGCAAAAAGUAUUAAAAGUUAUUUGAUGCAAUUAUUUGUUGAACAUGGCAAUAGUCAAGUAGAGGGUGUUGAUAAUUUGAAUGCAUGUUACGGUGGCACGGCAGCCUUAUUCAAUGCCAUUCAUUGGUGCGAAUCAUCAUUUUGGGAUGGAAGAUAUGCUGUCGUUGUGAUGGGUGACAUUGCCGUUUAUUCAAAAGGAAAUGCAAGACCAACAGGUGGUGCGGGAGCGUGUGCCCUUUUGAUUGGACCCAAUGCCCCAAUUGUAUUUGAAUCGGGUUGUCGUUCAACUCAUAUGGAACAUGUUUAUGAUUUUUACAAGCCCGAUUUAACAUCAUCAUAUCCCUAUGUGGAUGGUCAACUAUCUGUUCAAUGUUUCAUUCAAUCAUUGGAUCUGUGUUAUUCAUCUUACUGCACAAAAUCACAGAUGAAUUUAGAUAAUUCAUCGGCAACAUCAUCGAAAGAAGUGAAUUUAAGUUCAUUUUUGGGUGUCUGUUUUCAUACACCGUACUCAAAAUUAGCACAAAAAUCUUUAGCAAGAUUAUACCUGAAUGAUUUAGCAAGACAAUGUUCAUACAUUCAAUCACAAGAACAAUUAGAUAAAUACAAAAAUAUCGAUUUACGUGCGUGUAUUGCAGAUAAAAAUGUGGAAAAAGAUUUAUUAGAAUGGAGUCGUGAGUUAUUUGAACAAAAAACAUUGCCAGCACUUCAUUUUUCCAAAAAUAUGGGAAAUAUGUAUACGCCAUCGUUAUAUUUUAGUUUGUUUUCAUCGAUUGCAAGUCAUUCGUGUGAUGAAUUAUAUGGUCGUCGUUUUCUAUUAUUUUCUUAUGGAAGCGGUUUAGCUUCAUCCAUGUAUUCUCUCGUGUGUCGUCGUGUCCAUGAAACACGUUUUACUCUAUUAUCCAUACAGCGCAGUAUACAACGAGCGAAACAAAAAUUAGAUCAACAACGAAUUCGUCUUCCACCAGCUUCAGUUGAUCAAUUAUUAGAGAUGCGAGAACACAGUCAACAUAAAGGUAAAUAG